GAUAGCAGCCUCUGUUUUUGCGAACACAAAGCGAAUUUCACACUUCCGUACUUCUUCAACUCCACGGCGCCGAUCCGGGGAGUUUUGCAAGGUUAAUCAAUCAUCCAACAAUCAUAGUUUCUCUUUCAAUUCCAAGUCAUGGCAGGUUUGGCACCCGAAGGAUCUCAGUUUGAUGGCCGUCAGUUUGAUGCCAAGAUGAAUGAAUUGCUUCAAGUUGAUGGUGGUGAUGAAUUCUUCACUUCUUAUGAUGAGGUUUAUGACAGUUUUGAUGCUAUGAAUCUUCAAGAGAAUCUUCUGAGAGGAAUUUAUGCCUAUGGUUUUGAGAAGCCUUCUGCCAUCCAGCAAAGGGGCAUUGUUCCCUUCUGCAAGGGUCUUGAUGUUAUCCAGCAGGCUCAGUCUGGUACUGGAAAAACUGCUACCUUCUGUUCUGGAAUCCUGCAGCAGCUUGAUUACGGUGUGGUGCAAUGCCAGGCCUUGGUUUUGGCCCCUACCAGAGAACUUGCUCAACAGAUCGAAAAGGUUAUGCGUGCACUUGGUGACUACCUUGGUGUCAAAGUUCAUGCUUGUGUGGGUGGAACCAGUGUUCGUGAGGAUCAGAGGAUCCUUUCAGCUGGGGUUCAUGUUGUUGUUGGAACUCCUGGGCGUGUGUUUGAUAUGCUGCGAAGGCAGUCACUCCGUGCCGAAUAUAUCAAGAUGUUUGUUUUGGAUGAGGCUGAUGAAAUGCUUUCUCGUGGUUUCAAGGAUCAGAUCUACGACAUCUUCCAGUUGCUGCCAUCCAAGGUUCAGGUUGGGGUUUUCUCGGCUACAAUGCCUCCUGAAGCCCUUGAAAUCACCAGGAAGUUCAUGAACAAGCCAGUGAGGAUUUUGGUGAAGAGGGAUGAGCUAACCCUUGAGGGUAUCAAGCAGUUCUAUGUGAAUGUCGACAAGGAAGAUUGGAAGCUCGAGACACUCUGUGAUCUCUACGAGACUCUGGCCAUCACCCAGAGUGUCAUCUUUGUCAACACCAGAAGGAAGGUCGACUGGCUGACAGACAAGAUGAGGAGCCGCGACCACACUGUCUCAGCCACCCACGGAGACAUGGACCAGAACACCAGAGACAUCAUUAUGCGCGAGUUCCGCUCAGGCUCUUCCCGUGUCCUCAUCACCACUGACCUCCUGGCUCGUGGUAUUGAUGUGCAGCAAGUGUCCCUCGUCAUAAACUAUGACCUCCCAACCCAGCCCGAGAACUACCUGCAUCGCAUUGGUAGAAGUGGAAGGUUCGGGAGGAAGGGUGUUGCCAUCAACUUCAUGACAAAUGAAGACGACAAGAUGCUGAAUGACAUCCAGAAGUUCUACAACGUCGUCAUUGAGGAACUCCCGGCUAAUGUUGCCGAUCUUCUUUGAGGUGCUGAUUUUUCUCAGGUUUAUUGUUCCGGUUCAAGAGGGGGCUUUGAAGUGACUCUUAUUUUGCGCUAGCUAGUAUGCUUUCCUUAUUUUUCUUCUAUAUAUUUUCGCAUAGAUAUAUGUAUGCAGCAGCAUAUCGUUUCAGUGUACAUAUAUACUAUUGCAAUUUUGUCUGUAGGUAUUUUUCUGUAACGUAUUUAACUUUUUGCCCCAAAUUUUGGUCACAUUUUAAUUCGGUUUUUAUGGGUAUCAAUUCUC